AUGUAGUACCGGAAGAAAACAAACCACAUGUCAGUCUUCUGAUCUUUUUGUGUGAAAUCGUGCAAUAAUCGAAAAUAAAUCAAAUAUCAUGAAGAUAUUGACAUGGAACAUAAAUGGCAUAAGAACUCGCCCUUCAAUCAAGGAGGAUAUCGAAUCACUGGACGCUGACAUUAUUUGCUUCCAAGAAACAAAAGUAACACGGGACAUGCUGGAGGAGCCCGUGGCGGUCAUCGAUGGCUACAACUCCUACUUCAGCUUCAGCCGCAAGAAAACCGGAUAUUCCGGUGUGGCUACCUAUUGUCGUGAAUCUUGCACUCCUGUCAGGGCUGAGGAAGGCCUAGGUGGGGUCCUGGCCAGUGGGAAUGGAGAUGUUGGUUGCUAUGGUAACCUUGGCUAUUAUGGUAAAGAAGAACUGGAGUCUUUGGAUGCUGAAGGGCGAGCCAUUAUUACUCAGCACACUGUCAGGAAUUCAGAAGGUGAAGUAAAGGAUUUGGCAAUCAUCAACGUGUAUGUGCCACGAGUAGACAGUGAGAGAGAUGACCGGAAGGAGUACAAACUGCGGUUCCUGACACUGCUUCAGACCAGGGCGGAGGCUCUCCUCACAGAAGGAAGUUACGUGAUUGUUCUUGGCGACAUCAACACAUCACAUCGGAUGAUUGACCAUUGUAACCCUGACAGCGAGGAAUUUAACCUUCGACCUGACCGUCAAUGGCUGAACCGGUUCUUGUGGAGUGAAGGUCAAGAUUCAUCCCUUGAGGUCAAGGAUGAACAAGAGCUGCUUCAAAUAUCUACACCUGAUACAAAAAGUGGACAGUUUAUAGAUUCCUUUCGGUACUUUUACCCUGACCAGGAAGACGCUUUCACCUGCUGGUGCACCCUGACGUCGUCACGAGUCACCAACUACGGCACCAGGCUUGACUACAUCCUUGGAGAUGCAGGUCUGGUCAAAAGCAGCCUGAAGGCUUGUGUCCAGAUGGUAGAAGUGCAGGGAUCAGACCACUGCCCGGUGAAGGCAGAGUUCAGCCUAGACGGUGUGCCAGCCAGGAAAGCACCACCGUUGUGUGCCAAGUACAUGCCAGAGUUUGCCGGGAAGCAGCAGAAACUAUCUUCCUUCUUUGUCAAAGCCGCCAAGAAGGAAUCGGUAAAUGCUUCUGAAGAAGUCAUAGAACUGAGCAGCUCUCAGAGCUCUCAAGAGUCAAACAAAAGUGUCGAUUCCAACACCGAGAGGAAGAGACCAAUGGAGGAUUCUGGGAAGCCUACAGGAAAGAAACCCAAACUUGAGUCAAAGAAAUCUUCUGAAGAAGGAAAGCAGGCAAACUUGAUGAGCUUUUUCAGAAAAAAGCAAAGUUCCCAAACCAAACCUGAACCUGCGAAAGAAAAGUCAAAUAACGAACGUAAAUCCUCUGAUAUAACAAAUGGGGAUAAGAUCGGAGACAAUGACAGGAUAGUCGAUAAGAAGCCUGUUGAUGCUUCUGAGAAACCGGUAAAACCCACAGACACAAAACCUGAAACAGGGAAGUCCUCCAGUGCAGCAUGGAAGGGCCUCCUCGGGGGGCUGGGGAAGCCACCAUUGUGCAAGGGCCAUAAGGAAGCCUGUGUGAUUCGGAUGGUGAAGAAGGAUGGUCCGAACAGAUUCAGACAGUUUUAUGUGUGUGCACGAGCUGAGGGUCACAGCGGAAACCCAGAGGCACGAUGCGAACAUUUCGAAUGGUUGGACAAAAAUAAAAAAAAGAAGUAAUGAUUCGUAUUUGAGUGAGUGAGUUAGUACGGUUUUACGCCGCUUUUAGCAAUAUUCCAGCAAUAUCACGGCGGGGGACACCAGAAAUGGGCUUCACACAUUGUACCCAUGUCGGGAAUCGAACCCGGGCCUUCGGCAUGACAAGCUAACGCUUUAACCACUAGGCUACCCGACCGCCCUACUAUUUGAGAUGAAAGGAACCUAAAUUCUGAUUAAAAUAACAAUAUUUUAUAUGUUCUUUACACCUUUUCUACAGAAGGAACAUGUGGAGAGGGGUGUUUGAUAGUCAAAAAGUAAAUAAAAUGUCAUUAUUUAUGAGGGGCGGUCGGGUAGGCUAGUGGUUAAAACGUUCGCUUGUCAUGCCAAUGAGCCAGGUUCAAUUCCCAACAUGGGUACAAUGUGUGAAGUCAAUUUCUGGUGUCCCCCCGCUGUGAUAUUGCUGGAAUAUUGCUAAAAGCGACUUAAAAGCCACACUCACUCACUCAUUAUUUAUGAAUCAGAGUUUCAGAUUCCAGUGCUAAGACAACCAGGUGACAGAGUGAAUGGAAAUUGUUUUAAUGAUAUACAUUUAUCAUUAUGUUGAUUGACAAUUUUUUUUAUACCAUCAUCACAGAAAUGCUGUUGCCCAAAUACAUUACCACAGAUAUGUUAGACUGAAGUGAAUAAAUUUUUAUACAGAAACAUUAAA